AUGCCCGGAAGUAAUCAAAUUUCGAGGACGCGUGACGACAAAGGUCCCGCUGCCCAGCUCUCCUUCGACUUGAAGACUAUCGCGAAACGGACGGCAGCUAAAAGAAUCGGCUCAGAUUCGGUGAACCAGUCUACUGCUCUUAGGGAGACAUUCGUUCCAGAAUCUAGUUAUAAUAUACCCUCCACUAGCCCACUGCAUGACGACGAAGCAGCUGAAACCUCAAAAGGAAAACUAAAACGCCCACAAAGAUACCCGAAGCGAAGGCUUAGAGGUAGUUCCAAAGGCAUAUAUGACCUAGACAUAGAUUCACCCAGCGCUAGCAAGGUGACGAGCGUGACCCCGGCAAAGCAUGCCGGCUUGACUGUUGACACCGAAUCGAGUGAAGAUGACGACUCUAGCAAUUCCUAUAUGGAAUCUGGGGAUAUGAUUGGCACUGGAAACUCUCCCGAAAAUAAUCCAUCUGACAUUCCUCUCGUGAUUAUUGAUAAUGCACCCACUUCGUUGCUGACUGAUAAAUCAGCUAUCAACCGUGAAUAUGUUCGCGUUGAUGAUAGCAAUUAUGGGGAAAAGCUGACUAUUUCGGCACCUGUUAGUGAUUAUGAAUCUACAAACACGGAUGAGGAUGAGGAUGAGGAUAAGAGUGAAGGCAAUGAUGAGAAGGAAGAGGAUAUAUUAGGGACCUUGGAGCAUGAAGAAGCAAUACAACAGAGUGACGCGGUUGAUAAUGGCCUAGACUCGGAAAUUUCACUCACAGAUGUUUAUUCCCAACAUUGCCUCCGGGAUGAUGCGGAUUUCUGGGAUGCAUCAACGUUAUUUGAUCAGGAAAGGAACUGGCGCGAACUGAUCUCCGAGGCGCAUCUGCUAAUUCAACAACGAUCAAAGGGCCUGGAAAUUGAGUCUACGAAGAAUUUAUUUAGAAGCGUCUCAAACGGGAUUGACACUUAUCGAGAAAGGAUCAGCACAAGGGACAGCCGCGGAAAUUUUGCUUCAACUGAUACAGAAGAGGGCUCGCUUGCCACAUUAGAAAAGGGGAUUUCCCAGGUUAUGGCUGAAUCAUAUCCAUAUAAUGCAGAUUCGCCUAGCAAGUUAACAACACUUGUGACCCUGGCUUAUGAGGUAGCUGCUGGCAUCAUCCCCGGAAUGAUUGGCCUAUUACAGUGGUGCCUGGUAGCUCAUUAUUCUAAUGACAGUGUCACUGAUAAAGGAACGGACCAAUUGGUGCGGAUAUUGGACUCCGUUGAAAGGCUUUGUGAAGUAGUCCAAGCAGAGCCGCCCAAGCCACCACCUGGACUUGCAGCUCAAGUAAGAAUUAUAAGUGUAUUGGUUCGCUUCAUGGCCUAUGUGUUUAGGCAGCAGCUGGCGAACACGCGGCAGCCAACAACCACGCAUCAACCAGCCGAUUGGUUCCGAAACUCAGAACCAUCUCAUGAUCAGUAUGACGAAUCUGUUGGGUCAGAAGAGUCGAGAUCCGUUCUCAACGAAGGCUGUUCCUGGAGCAGGGCUGAGAGUGAAACGCUUUUUGAUGCUUUGCGAAAAUAUCGAGAUGAGCUACGAAAGAAGACGGUAGAAACGCGAGCUGGUCUCUUAGCUCUGCCUGAUGAAAGGCGGCCGCACUACAGCCAAUGGAGCUUUCUUGACGAUUAA